CACGCGCCUGAUGUGGUUUUGGCUAGCGAUCGUUAGGUAACGGCUGUGUGGACUAAAGCUGUGAUAGCUAAAAUAAGUUCCUCUGGGAGCAGCUAAACGUUUGUUUUGACAACUUAGAGCACGCCAAGAGAAAAGAACCGUGUUUGGACCGACAUUUGAAGCUGUGGAAAGUCCGGAAAGUUUCGGUGGUAGCGGGAAGGCUGUUAGCACCACUGCGGCUGCUCAGAGGCGAUCUGCUCAGCAGAGGUGAAAACAUUGAGGCGGCUUGUUGGUGAACCACCAUCACUGCAGGUAAUAUCCAGUACCUGCACACCUGCACUGAGAGCCAUGAGCAGUGGCCAUUUAGGAAACUGCCACAAUGUCUGCAAUCCCUGGACUUCCUACGAGAGGAUCAAAUGUAACCGUUUAUGUCUCUAGAGUUCACCAGCUCCCCUCAUGUGCACUGGUAGAGUUCUGGGGAAGGUUUAGCCAGCAACGAACAACAGAUUAUGAGACUUUGGCUGAUGAAAUUCAGUCACAUGGAGCCCUAUUUAAAGACUUUGAGGGAAAUCCUGGUGAUCAGUGCUUAGUUCAAAUAGAUGCUACUUGGUACAGAGCACGCAUAGUGUCAAGAGAAAGAGAUGGCUCCAAAUAUUGCAUUUUCCUCAUUGACAGAGGGUUGACAUAUACUGCCACCACAAGCAACCUAGCUUGGGGUAAAAAGGAACAUUUUCAGCUGCCCCCUGAAGUGGAGUUAUGCAUACUAGCAAAUGUGUUACCACUUUCAUCCGACAAAAGAUGGUCUCCAGUGGCUCUAGAAUAUUUGAAAUCUUUCACUGGGAAGUUAGUAGAUGCACACGUGCAAGAUGUACUGGUGCCAGACAGAAUCUUUCUUCUAAACAUCCCUAACAUAUCCAAACAAAUGUAUGAGAUGGGAUUUGCAAAAAAGUUGUCGCCAGUAAUCUUCCAUGACUUUCUCCUGAUGUCACUGAAAUACCCCAGGGGAGCUGAAGUGUUGACAGAGGGCCAGCAGCUUUAUGUGGGAUCCGGCGAGCGACUGCAGAAACAAGAACUGUUUAUGUAUCCAGAGUUGCCUGGAGGAACUGUGGAGACCGUCAUUGUAACAGAAGUGUCAAAUCCUCAACAGAUUUUUUGUCAGUUGAAAGUCUUCUCUCAUGAAUUAAAAAAACUAACGGAAAAGGUUACACAGAGUUACGAGGGAAAAGUGACCAGUUGCAUUAUAAGCCCUGACAUGAUUGGGUAUCCAUGUGCAGCAAGAGGAAGGGAUGGUAGGUGGUACCGUUCUGUGAUACGGCAGGUGUUCCAAACAAAUAAAGUGGUGGAGGUGUUGAACGUUGACUAUGGAACAAAACAGUUUGUGCAGGUGGAAAAUGUGAGGCCACUGGCUCCAGAGUUCAUCAGGAUGCCAGUUGUCACUUACAUUUGCUCCCUCCAUGGAAUCCCUGAUAAAAGGGUGGAAUGGACGACUAGUGAAAUUGACUUCCUCAAGUCACUCCUGCUCCACAAAACUGUGAUAGCCAAGUUUGAGUACCAAAGCAUUUCUGAGGAAGUUUAUUAUGUCACACUCUAUGCUGAUGACAACAUAAACAUGAACAGCUUGUUUGCUUCCAAAGAAAACCGUUUCAACAAAUGUGAGAAAACGCUUGGACAUUAUGCUCUGCCAAGUGUAGCCUAUAGCCACCAGCACCCAGUCCAGCCAUAUAGGAAUAUGUUAUCUUCCCAACAGACUGUGGAAGAGAAAGAAAAGCCAAAGCUUCCUGCUGAAGAUCUCGCCCUAAACUCCUCACACUUGGCGGUUGUUCAGCACAUAUCCAAUCCAUCAGAGUUUUGGAUCCAAACUGAAAACUACAGAAAAGAUCUGGAGGAACUGUUGGACAGUAUGUACCAUCUGUACCAGGAUUCAGCAAAUACUCACAUGGUGAAAAAUCCAGCUCUGGGGCUUUACUGUGCUGCUCAGGCACAAGAUGGUGAAUUCUACAGAGCAACUGUGACAGAUGUUGGUGAGACACAAAUCAAGGCGUUCUUUGUUGAUAAUGGCAACACAGAAGUGGUUGAGAAGAGUAAGAUCAGGACCCUCCCUCCUGAGUUAAAAAUGAUCCCACGGCUGGGUCUGAAAUGCUCCCUUGCUGGUGUCAGAUCAAAAGAUGGGAAAUGGAGUCAAAGUGCUUUGGAAUAUUUCAUCAAAGCAGUCACAGAUAAACCACUCAAUGUGCAUGUGAAAGGAAAAUACAACGACAGCUAUGCUGUCCAACUGAUAGAUCCUAAAGCGCAGAGUGAACAAGAUGUCGGUACACAAAUGUGCUGUUACGGCCUUGCUGAAAGAACUGAGAUCCCAAGACAAACCGCAGUUAAAGGUGCAAUAAAGUCUUCAGUUGUAUCUCCAGCACACCUUACUGGCACAGGACCUCCAGAAGUGAGUAAGGCCACUGGAAUAUCUUUCAAGCCCAUAUUUGGUCUUCCCAACAAUGACAGAGGACUUUGUUCCUUUAAGGAGCAAAUGUUUCCCAUCGGAAGUGUUCUUGAUGUCAAUGUCUCUUGCAUUGAAAGUCCAAAUGACUUUUGGUGUCAACUGGUUCACAAUGCUGGGCCUUUGAGAAUGCUUAUGCAUGACAUGCAGGCCUAUUAUGCAAGCCGUGAGUUUGAGCCUAAUGUAGAUGCUGCCUGUGUAGCUCGUCAUCCUGAUAAUGGAAUGUGGUACAGAGCUCUGGUUAUUCGCAAACUUGAAACCCCUCAAGUGGACGUAUUGUUUGUCGACUAUGGGCAGACUGAGACAGUCUCCGUCUUUGACCUGAGAAAUAUAAUUCCAGAGUUCCUAAAACUCCAUGGUCAAGCUUUUCGAUGUAGCCUGUUGAACCCCAUCAGUCCUUCAUCUGUCAUUAACGAGUGGAAUAACAAAGCAAAGGAAAGGUUCCAAAACUUUGUUGAAAGGACUGCCUCCAACUUUAUCAUUUUGAAGUGCACCAUUUAUGCUGUCAUGUACUCUGAGCAAAUGGUUCUUCACAACAUUGUGGAUCUAGAGACUCCGUUUGAGAGCAUCUGCACCAGUAUGUCCAAUCUUAUAACAAGUAUCCCUCCCAAGAAAGCCAUUGGGCCAUCUUUCCGUCUGGACACAUACUAUUACUCAACACACAACAUCAAAACUGGUUCAGAGGUGCAAGUCACAGUGGCGUUCGUGAACAGUGUUAGUGAGUUCUACUGCCAUCUUGACAAGAAUGCUGAUAUGAUGAAAGAUCUCACAAUGAGGGUAAACACUCUAUGCCAGCAGCUUGAGAAGGUAAAGGUUCCAGCAGUCUUUGGAACCUUGUGCUUUGCGAGAUACACUGAUGGGCAGUGGUACAGGGCUCAGAUCAAGGCCACAAGACCAAAACUAGUGGUUCACUUUGUUGAUUAUGGUGACACACUUCAGGUGGACAGGUCUGACCUGCUUCCAGUCCCCAAAGAGGCAAAUGACAUUAUGUCUGUGCCAGUGCAAGCAGUUUUGUGUGCUCUCUCUGAUGUUCCUGCUGAUGUUCCCAGUGAGGUAAACGAAUGGUUUGAGAGAACUGCAACAGAAUGCCAAUUCCGGACCCUGAUAGUGGCCAGGAAAGAUGAUGGCAAAUUACUGGUAGAGCUGUUCCAUGGAAACACCCAGAUUAAUGCAAAGAUAAGGAAAACAUUUCAGAUUAAGAUGCAAGAAGAGCAGGUUGUCUGUCAGAGUUGGAAACCUUAUAAUGCUCCAGCAACACAAGCACCAAAAACUGAAAUUCUUUCAAACCAAGCCGUAGACAGUAACGAUUAUGAACAAGCCCCCAAAAAGACUGACUUGUCCACCAAAACCUCAAACCCUCAAUGUCAAGGGAAGAUUGGUGUUCAAUCUACUGAUGAGAAUCUGAGGUCUGCACUGAAAUCCACAAGUCAGAAGCACAGACUAACUCCCCGAGAGUUGUAUAAACAUCCAAAUCAAAGGCACCCAAACAGAACCAUGACUAAAGAAGGUUCUGAGAAAGCUAAUGUUAAGGAGACACCCAGAAAAUUGAGUCUUCCUCCUGAAACCAAACAGUUUAUUUCAGAAUCACCUGGCACAGAAUCCUGCCAGGAAAACCCAGCUGAGAAACUCCCAAAACUCACAGACCUCCCCUCAAAAUGCAUCACACCUGGCACAACACUGGAUGUUUAUAUCUCACAUUGUGACAGCCCGUUGAGCUUCUGUGUGCAAUGUGUCGACGAAGAGGAUGAAAUAUUUUCUCUGGUGGAGAAGUUGAAUGAUCCAGAUUCAACAUCAAAGGCCAACGUUAUGAAAGACGUGGGUCCAGGUGACUUUGUUAAAGCAGAGUUUGCGGAUGAUUUGUCAUGGUACAGAGCAGUUGUAAAAGAAACUCAUGAGAACACAAUGGCUCUUGUUGAGUUUAUAGACUUUGGAAACACAGCAAUGAUGCCAAUUUCCAAAUUAGAAAGCCUUCCCAAGUCGUUUCUGCUGUUGCCAGGUUACAGUACACGUUGCAUGCUGAGUGACGCCGCAGCUCUCAGAGAAGAGAAAGUGCUCGAUCCACACGUGGUGUCUGCUUUUAAAGAAGACGUUGGAAGCUGUGGAGACAAGGUGCUCAAGUGUCGGUUCAUCAAGCAGGUGGGAUCUGUGUGGGAGGUCAGUCUGGAAGAUAAUGGUAUGGAUAUUGGGUGUAAAGUCUCUACAGAGGGCAGUGAUGUCACCAUAGAGAAACCAGUGAAACAGCAGCAAGUGCAUCUUUUUGAUAUGGGACAAGAAGAAAAAUACUCUGAGAAACCACCACUGCCCCCCUGCACUCCAGGCUACACACAUCAAAAAGAGGUUCUUGAGGGGCUGCAGUUAGAUGUCUACAUUACAACCAUCAAUGAAGAUCAGACCUUUUGGUGUCAGCCUGUUGAUUCACAGGAACUCUGGAAGAUAACAUUAGGUGUUUCAGAAGUUGGGAAUGCAGCAGAUAAAUACAUUCAUUCAGAUGCUGUUUUCCUUGGAAUGCCAUGUGUCGCUUUAUUUGCUGAUGAUCAGCUUUGGUAUCGUGCAGAAGUUAUUGAAAAAAAUGAAGAACGGCUUUCUGUCCUUUUUGUGGACUAUGGAAACAAGUCACAGGUCAACAUUACUGAUAUCAGAGCGGUACCACCUGCCUUACUGGAAGUUCCACCCCAAGCCUUUGUGUGUGAGCUCGAAGGCUUUGACACUUCGCAUGGAUCUUGGGGAGACGGAGCAGCAGAUGAAUUGUCCACACUUGCAGCAGACAAGUUGUUGCAGCUCACUGUCACCAGAGUAACAAGAACAAAAGGAAAACUAAAGUGUGCGGUAGAGAUGGAGUGUGAGGGCCAGGUUAUAAACAAAGCAAUGAAUACUUGCUGGAAGAGUUUCACAACAACAGAAACGCCUGAUUCAGGUGGCUCGACCGUGUCGUUUGAACCACCACAGCAGCUUGUCUCAACCAACACUAUACAGGAUCUUAUUGAUGACCUUGAUGUGCAAGUUACUAGCAAAGCUACUUGCACAGUGUCUCAGAGUGGAUACAGUGAAGAACACAGUAGUCCAAAGCAGAGUGAGUGUUCUGAAGACUCCAAUAAUGUGGAGUCUUUUGUUGAGUCUGCAGAGGAGCAGGAUUCCAGUGAAGGGAUGAUCUUGGUCCCUGCUGCCAUGAUGACUCUUAAAGAUAUUUUACCCUCUAGAAGUGGCUUAGAUAAAGCCUUGCAACUUUCAGAUGACCUCAAAGACGACCAAGAUCUUUUGUGCUUGAGAAAAAAUGUGACCAUGGCCAUUGGCCAAGAUGCCCAGGAGGAAACUGCCUCAGUUUUUCAUGCUGAAGAACCAGUUGAUGAUUCUCCUCUAAACAAUGAUGCUGCAGAGGCCACAGAUGAGCUUGAGACUGAAACUAGUGACAAGGAAAAGUUUCUUACUUCCACCUACAGCUUGGACACAGACCCUUUUAAUGAUCCAGCGUUGGUGACGGAUAAAAAAAAUGUUGCUGCCAUACAGGCUGACUCGGUGACCUGUCCAUCAGAAGCAAAAAUGGAUCUUCAAGAAGAUGUUUUGAAAGAGGCAACAGAUAUAGUAUUGGAUUCCUCAAAACAGACUGAACCGGUGCCCUCCUCACUUACAGUUGUACUGCAUUUGUGUGAGCAGGAAACUGAGGCAGGAGAUGGCACCCUACACGGGGGCUGGAUGAGUACUUCCACAGAUGUGAAGAAUGACUUGGCAGUGGAAGAGGCAGCUUCAACUCACCAUGUAGAUGCACGGCCAGCCCUGCUACAACACAUUGGCAGAGCCAUCAGUGAAGAACACAACUACAUGGUUCCCUCUGCAGAAAUGGGUGAGGGCCCUGAUGAUAUGCCCUGCUCUGCAGAAGAGACCUGUCCAACAGAUCCAGAAGAAUCAAGUUCUAAUGAAAACAUAAGUGCAGGAACAGAUAUUCUGAGCCCUGUGAUGGCAGAGGAAAUGAAAACUUGCAUCACUGUUUCUGAAGGAGAUGUUGGUCCAUUAAUAACAGAUGAUGGGUGUUACAGAACAUCACCAGCUGAAGAAUCAGAUGAGGUCCUGGAAGACUCAGUGGAACGUCUGUCAGGGAGCACAGCUGAAGCAGCAGAUGUUCCCCAGCAUGCUGAGGUGCCAUGUACUCCCAGUCAGGACGAGGACAGCUCAACGUUUGAAGACGAGACCUCUCCCAUCAAUGUUUCACCUGCUGAUGUGGAGCCACACAUCCACACAGAUGUGUCAUUUCAGAGGAACAUGGUCGAAGAGUUGACGUGUUUGGUCAGAGAGAUCCAUUUGGCUGACAUCUCUCAAGACUCUGAGAAAGAACCUGAAAUGGACACAGACGACUAUAAGUCUGAGCAACAUCCUUCCUCCCUGAACAAGAAGUUUGAUGACAGCGUUCUCACAGAGAAAACGUCGCUUGUGGAGGACAGUUUCGAGGCCCAGCUGUCAAAGAUAACUCACCUCUCCCUGAUUAUAAAGGAUGGAGCUGAUGCUGGUCUUGCUGAGCAGCAACCAGAGGAGUGACUGACUGCUUUUUUUUGUUCCCUUUGUGAUCUCAGAUCUGAAGUUGAUCAGCUACUUGUGUUUUGUUUAAAUCAGACGGUGCAGAUCGGUUGGCUUUGCUCGGUUUGUAGCGGCAGUCUUCAUUUUUGUUGACUCAGCAGGUCAUUUUUUCCCCUCUUUGACCUAAUUUUAUAUUGUUAUGCUUAUGUUAAAAGGAAAAGUGCCUCCGUAGGAGUUAGUGUUUUGAUAUGUUUCUGGUGUUAAUGGGAGCACUGAUGUUGCAGUUGAUUGGUUUGUAAAAGUUGCCACAUUUUUUUUUCUUGAUUGGAAUAUUUUGUUACAUAUAAAAUACUAAUGUAAGUGGAGUACAAUUUCUGUAUUUGCUGUGAAUACAUGCAUGCUUCAAUAGUUGUGAUGAGACAAUAAAUACUCCAGGUCUGUA